AUGGAUCUAAAGGUUACAGCAGACAAAUUUAUGCGUGGAGAAUCUCUUAAAGACAUUAAAAAUCCGAUUCUAAAUGAAGUUGAGAAGAAAUUCAAGACUGCACAGCUUCUCCGAAAGCAAUUGCAUCAUGAAAUAGGAAAACGCGUCAUCCAAGCAGAUGAAGUACUAGAAAACAAUGUAUUUGCAUAUCAUCCGGAAAAUAAUGUUGUUACAUUUCAGUCCCAAUUGGUAGAAUCCUACAUUCGGGAAAACACUGACAUAUUCGUUAACCUAAUUGAUCUCACCCUCCAAGAAAGGACAUCCUCCAAUCAAACGAACAAGUAA